AUGAAGGAAGUUAAGCCGGGCGUUCACAUACCCAAAUUGUCUCAAGCAUAUGAGAACCCUUACAACGGGGAGAAAUACACUUUGAGGACUUGGUUGUACGACUGUGUGAUUGCGGUACUGAAUGUGUUGUUCACCAUUUUCUUCAGGGAAAUCAAAAUGCGUGGUGAGCAUAAGAUGCCCCCACAAGGAGUCCCCACACUGCUUGUGUGUGCCCCACAUGCCAAUCAGUUCAUUGAUCCGUCACUGGUGAUGGUCAAGGCUAGGCAAAUGGCACAAGGUUCAAGAUCCAGACAGGUUUGCUAUAUCAUGGCCGAAGUUAGUCUGAAGAAAAAAAUACUUGGAUUGUUUGGUAGGCUUACGGGUGCUAUAGCAGUGCCUAGGGCUCAGGAUAAUUUGAAAUUUGUGGAUCAAAGAAUCAAGAUAUACGCGCCAGAUUUGGACAAUGAACCGAGGUUGAUUAAGGGCCGUGUGGAUGGUGAUGGAUUGGAAAAUCCUGGUUUCACUAAAUUUAUUCCAAAGUCGUUGAUCGGGUUGCCCAAUUUCUUGGGUAAUGCUCAGAUCGAAAGCAUUGUUGAUGAUUAUACCAUUGUUCUUAAGCAACCUUUCAAGUUUCAAGAGAAUGCAACUAUAAGAAAGUUGUUAGAACGUGGAACUAAUUUCAAGUAUGCCGACAAGAUUGACAAUUCGCAGACUUUCCAGAAUGUUUUUGACCAUUUGCAUACCAAGGGUUGUGUGGGGAUUUUCCCUGAAGGUGGAUCUCACGACAGACCUUCCAUGUUGCCCCUAAAGGCUGGUGUGGCUAUCAUGGCAUUGGUUGCGGCCGCUGCAGAUCCAACUAUGAAGGUAGCUGUGGUUCCAUGUGGAUUGCACUACUUCCAUAGGGAGAAGUUUAGGUCCAGAGCGGUAAUUGAAUUUGGUGAUCCAAUUUGGGUUGAUGGUGAAAUGGGUAAGCAGUAUAUGGAAAGUCCAAGGGAAACAGUAUCCAAGCUUUUGGACAGAGUUACUUCCUCUUUGCAGUUGGUUACUGAGAAUGCUCCUGAUUGGGAUACUCUGAUGACUAUCCAGGCCGCAAGACGUCUUUACAAACCUGUUAUGCGUAGAAGAGCACUCACGGCUGUCGUCGAGGUCAACAGAAGGCUGUUGCUUGGUUAUUCCGCUUACAAGGAUGACCCAAGAGUUAUUAAGCUCAAAGAAUCUGUUACAGCUUAUAAUGGUUUGUUGUUUUUGAUGGGAUUAAAAGACCACCAAGUGCUGGAAUUAAAGACAAAGCAAGGUGAACAAUUACGUUGUCUCUUCACUUUAAUCCAAAGGACCAUUAGACUGUUGGUAUUCUUUACGCUUUCGCUGCCAGGAUGCAUCUUGUUUACUCCUAUCUUCAUCGUCUGUAAAGUUUACGCCAAGAAGAAAGCGGCAGAAGGUUUGAAGAAAUCAGUUGUUAAGAUUAAAGGUGUGGACCUGUUAGCGACUUGGAAAUUGUUAGUGGCAUUAGUCUUGGCACCUGUCCUUUACGUCACCUAUUCGAUUAUCCUCACAUGGCUUUACCUGAGAGGUAACACGUUGGUCGUGAAAAUGUGGGUUCCUUCAACGCAUCCAGUACUACUUUACUGUUAUUUCUGCAUGUUGCUGGUUUUCACCACUUAUUCAAGUUUGAAAACCGGUGAAAUUGGUGUCGAUCUAUUCAAAUCUUUACCACCUCUAUUUGCAUCCCUGUUUUACCCAGGUUCCAAAAUUACUCAAUUGAAGGAAAUGCGCCAAGGCUUAAGUGAUGAGAUUACAGAUGUUUGUAACGAAUUGGGACCUAAAGUUUUCCCCAAGUUUGAGAGGAUUAUCGAAUCGCAAUACGAGGAUAAGCCUAGGGGUAGACUAUCAUUGCCUAUAUCGACCAAGUCUCAAGAUGAAAUUCCCACGCUGCGUAGCCGUUCCUCGAGUGUUGCUUCAAAUCUAUCCACAGCCUCCAAUUCAUUGUCUCAAAUCAAUUCGAGAGGUUCACUCACAGACAUGCCAAUCUUCUCCGAAGGUAGCCAUUUGGAUUUAAAUCAAGAUGACGAAAUCAAUCUAUCAUCGCCAGAGGAGGAUAGGAUCACGUCUUUAAUAAGACAGAGACGUGCCCAUGAGAAGGAGGACUGA